AUGGGAGUGAAGACUAUGCCCGAAGAAAGGGAGCGCCCAUUGGUUUAUCCUGGCCAAAUCCUUUGGAUACCCCACAAGAAAUUCUGGCACGGAGCCACAGAUCUGCCAAAGGGUGCGGAUGGCCACCCGUGUGUGAUCUUGUCAAACAUUCCAGCUGACGGCAAAUAUCUCAUAUUCAUCAUGACCUCUCUUCGUGGAAUGACAGUCGACAAGCGAAUGUUCUCACGGGGCUUCAAACAUAAGCUUCUACCGGUCAGUCCGACGCCGAAGCAUUCGGAACACGGAAUUCAACUUCAUCUUCAAAACGGUAAACUGAUCGAUAGAGAUAUCUCUUACGUGGCGACCCAUCAGAGAUAUUGGGUUGAUUACGACCAUCUGCAAAGAUAUCGUGACGGACCUUGCACAUUCACCGAGGAAUCGCUGCAGAUCAUGAUCAGACAUUCGGGCUUUGAAGUAGCACAAAGCGUUCGAAACACACCCGAUGAACAAUUGGCGACCGAGCAUCCUCCUGAAGACCUUGUCCGCGAUGCUCACCAGAUCUCCGAGCGGUGGAAAUGUUUCACUGGGACGCAGCUGAACUUCUAUCGGGAAUCUCCUCUUACCCAGCCAUCCGAGGACAUGAUGAAACAAUUGGAAGCCUUCCGAUCAUUUGUCGACGAAACCAGGAUUAUCUAG